AUGUCUGAGGAAGAUCUACUGGCCGAAUGGAAAGGACGUAAAGUUACCGAGGUACACCGAAUAACUCGUCCGACACUCGAUGGGGGUCGGGAAAAAACAAAUACCCUUAUAUUGACUAUCUUCGGAACGACCAUUCCGGAGCACCUUUUCGUUGGACCGAUUCGAAUCCCAACGCGAAUAUUUUACCCGGCACCAAUGGUCUGCUUCCAAUGCCUUCAGUAUGGGCACUCCAAAACUCGGUGCAAAAGCAAAGAAGUUUGCCCAAACUGCUCUAAAUCUGCGCACGUUGCAGAAGGUGAACGAUGUAUCGAACCAGCCUACUGUCGAAAUUGCGAGGGCCCUCAUUCCGCAUCCAGUAGAGACUGCCCCGCGUACAAGAUCGAGAAAGAAAUAAUGCGAAUCAAAGUGGAGCAAGGAAUCUCAUUCAACGAAGCCAGAAAAAACUACAAUGCUAGAAACGCCCUCACCUCGUUCGCAAAUAUUGUCAAGGAAUCGACAAGCACCAUCAAGACAGAUAAUGAAAAUGCACUGAUUGCCCAGCUCCGGGACGAAAACACCAAACUGAAAACACAGCUAAAAGUACAACAAGAAUCCCUUGUCAAAGACAACCACAGAAUACGCGAAAACCAAACCAAAAUGAGAGAUGUCAUAAUAGAACUACAAAAAUCGGUGUUGGAACUAAAACAGGGGAACCAACAGCUUCACGAGAAAUUCAUAAAAGAACAAGCUAACAUGCAAGCAAUGGACACAUCAAACAAGAUAACAAAAAAGAGAAGGACACAAACUCCGAACACAAGCCCUGAACGAGUCGAAGCAGCGGACGAACAAAACGACAUGAGCAGCACCGAAAUCCUUUUGGACAUAUCCGAUGAAGAAACCGCGAAGACUAUCCCAGCUGUCGAGACAAAUAAGCGAUCACCGCGACCCGUGCGCAAAAAGAAAUUAAAAUAA